AUGUCGGACGCCGUCACGAAGUCCAGCGGAUACCAAUGGCAGCAGCCUCCACCUUUGGCGGUCCUGCAACCUUUGUCCGUCGCGCAGUCGCAGCUCCACUCCGGACCUAUUGGACUGGCGCGAGAACCGUUGCAGCCGAUCAGUGUUCUGAGCAGACCGCCCUUGCGAACGUACAAGAGCUUCCCAUACUCUCUAGGUCCGUCUAGUCGUCUGUCAAAUGAUGCCCAGACAUCGCAGACAGACGGUCCUACCUUGACGGAGUUCAGGGAGGUACUGACCUCCCAAGGGCCUCAACCAGUAGGCAGUUCUGACCUACCACCUGCAACGUUUGGAGGUUCCGCCCCGACUAGCCCAGCGGGUCGUCUAACGCCGAGCUCUCCAGGAGGAGGACCAGACGACGAAAUCAUGGAAGAUGAGGAGAUUGGUUUCGGUACAGCGGAACAGGGAGAUGACGAAGACCGACCGCCCAUGACAGCCGCCGAGCUGCGGGCCCAGAAACGGAAAAUGAAGCGAUUCAGACUCACCCACAACCAGACACGCUUUCUCAUGAGCGAGUUUGCGAGGCAACCACAUCCUGACGCAGCACAUCGUGAGAGGCUGUCGCGUGAGAUACCAGGUCUGAGCCCGCGACAGGUUCAGGUAUGGUUCCAGAACAGACGGGCAAAGCUAAAGCGCCUGACAACUGAUGACCGUGAGCGCAUGCUAAGAUCGAGAGCGCUGCCUGCCAAUUUCGACAUGACACAAGCAUUGCAUUCACCUUUUGGAACACAAGCACCCCCAAAUAUCGGGACGCCGAUGCCAUCGCCUGGAACAUACGGGUCAUUUGGAGAUGCCAACGGUGCGCGCCCACUGACUCUUGACACGAUGAGACGCGUGCCCGACUAUGAUCAGUACGCUCAACCCCAGUACACUACUCCGACAGGAGUCACACCGGCAUUGGGAGCUUUCAACUUCACACCACCACAGUCUGCCACGGGCACAUUGUCGCCCACCUCGAUGGCUAGCGGUGCAUCAGCUUUUGGUUUCCAUCCGCAGGAGAGCCCUCGACGGUACACCUAUGGUCUGCCGUUAGGGGCACAUUCGAAUUAUCCUUCUCAGCUUUCGCAGGUACCACGACACCACCUGCAUGAUAGAUUUGCUCGUCCUUACGCCGAGACUGCGAGCUCUCCUUUGCGGACCAGCAUGUCUUACUCUGGAAUGUCAUCGACAAACCAAGCGCAAGAACUGCCAGCUGAAAGGGCUUCAUCGUACUCCGAGCAGUCGACCUUGCCUGACAGGCCAUCUCAACACAGGAGCUUGACAGGUCCCGUCACUGGAAGCAUGUCUGAGGGCAUUGGACUCGGCUUCACAUAUGCGAACAUGCCGCAGUACUCGUCGGCGGAUCAGCAAUCACAUACAACUCCAGUGACGGCAAGUAGCCAAGCGACGGACAUCGGCUACCGUAGAAGCAGUAGCCAUCUUGCCGGACCACCGCUCAGCGCAUAUCAACCCUACCAGCCCAGCAAUUUUGCAGCUUCGCAAGCACCGCAAUUUUCUAGCUUGGCAGGGCACUUUACCUCACCCUACGUUGGCAGCAUACAGUCACAGCAUCACACCAGCUCACAUCAGAAUCAAAGUCACUCGGUGGCAAGUUUCGGGUCCAUUGGAAAUCAGCCGCAGCAACAUUAUCUGGGCAUGAAUGGUGCUGGUGAUCAUGAGCAAGACGAUGCCGAUAAUAGCGAUGGCGGAGUCCCUCUACCUCCAACGUACUGA